AUGUUUGACCUUCGCGAAACCCUCCUGUCCAGAAAGCGGCGACGCGACUCAUCCGCUUCACUGCUUGAAGAACCGUCUGAAGGCUCAUUUUCCGUCAAGAGACAGAAACGCACCCAAGAAGCAGGAUCACGUCGCCGCCACCGAUCACCAGGGUUCUGGGACCGCCUCUCCAAGGUUCCGCUCUGUCGAGGAUCUCUGAGGGAGUUCGAUCGCAGAAUUUCGGCUUCUGGACAACAGCCCUUAACGUCCACCGCCCUCGUACCCAGUGCACGCGGGCCUCGAUCCCAGCAUUUGAAGCGAUUCGCACGCCACGGCGGACCCGAUUUGACCUACCUUCGAGGGUUCGCGAGUUCCACCGAACAGGACGGUAUCAUGAGCCAGUCGAGUUCCAGUCGCAAGCGGUCGUCGGCGUCUAGCCGCAGCGCUACGUCGAGUCUAGGGCGAUCUUCCCACGAUCCGGCCUUCGAGCAGAAUAUGAUUGAUAGAGGGAUAUAUCCACAUAAUCGAGGUUCCAAGCCCGAAAACCUGGAGAGUACAAGAGACUAUCUAGCCAGAAGUCGGGCGUCCUUGUCCCCUUCAAAGUUCCGUGAUGAAGAUUUCGAAGAGUUCACCGAGCUUUGUGAAAGAGCAAGCGGUGAGACGAGCGCACGGGCCGAUGUCAUCGCGAUCAUUGAAGGCAAUGGACGAAAAAAGUACAGGCACGGUGCCGACCAUGUUUUCAACAACUUGGAUCCGCUGGAUGACCCGCUGGACUCUAAGCUCCCUAAACCCAAACCCGACCACUACGAUGGCGCUCUCCCCCAAGACAUCGAUCACCGUGUCCGCCGCGACCUCACAAAGCACAUCGUUCCCUGCAACAACACCGCGUGGCCCGCGGCGCCCAACUUUUUCUUGGAGGCAAAGGGCGACAGCGGCCGUGCCGACGUCCUGAAGCGGCAGGCCUGUCACGACGGAGCGGUCGGCGCGCGGGCGAUCCACAGUCUGGAGAAUUACAGGGCACCCGAACCGCAGUAUGACGGCCACGCCAAGAGCUUCUCGAGCACCUACCAUCACGGCACAAGCACCUUAACGCUGUACGGCCAUCACACGACGCAGCCCAAGGUUCCGGGGGGGCGACCUGAAUAUCAUAUGACGCAGGUGGGUGGCUAUUUCAUGACCCAUGACAGGGAGGCUUUCCAGAAAGCCGCUGGUGCUUUCCGCAACCUGCGUGACUUGAGCAGAACCCACCGGGACAGUGCCAUCGAGCAUGCAAAUCAAGUCGCUCGUCACGCACCUGCCGACAGCCCAUCGACAGUGUUGACUGACAGCCGCACAUCACUGUCAGCGCUCCAGGAAGACCCAUCUGACACGUCGACCGACGAGCUCACCGCGGAGCACACUAGUGCCAAGCGUUCGAGACACGAUCCGCAAGCACUUCCGAAGCCUCCCCGUGUCGCCACUACGCCCACGCCGCUAACCAGCUCGCGCUCCCGGCACGAUGCCAACGUCUCGGUGCCAUCCCAGCAAGUAGGGACAAGAAGGCACCAGGUCCCCUCGAACUCGGGCUCACGACGCUCGCUCGACGACAGCACAUCCGAGUGGCGGUCUAAGCCUGCAGAAGGGUGGGGGAAAAGACACGCUGAAAGCCAUAGGCAUGCUAAGCCGGGAUAG